AACUGCAUUUAGAUCGGACGUUUUAGAUACUGACAAUCUUUCAAUUUGACCCGACCAAACGACGCACUUUGUUUACGGUUACGAGAGUUGGGGAAUUACCGAUUACUAACAAAUAGUUUUCAGUGACUAGUAUUCUUUUUAUGGUGCUCAGUAAUGGAAACAUGUAUAUGUAACUUAUCACGUUUCAAGGAAUUGGCCACAAAUUUUCGACGCAAAUACAAAUAGACAAAUUAGAAAAUACACAUGUAUGUGCCGUGGGGAAUCCUGGUUUUUAUCUUUACAAAUGGCAAAUGACAGUAUCAUAAAUAAAGGAACGUCUAAGGCUACAACAGCGGCAUUAUGGCAUCAAAACCCAGAGAAAACAUAUUAGGCAAAGAAGUGGAGACCGACAUGAACAAUUAUGAAAAGUUGAAAAACAGAUACGACAAACAAGUUGCAGAAAAUCAGGUUUUGAGAGCAAAACUGAAAGGUUAUGAGACUCUAGGUCAGCUGCAUCAAGAUGCCAAGAAUGAAUUAAAAGCGUACAAAAAGAAGUAUGGACCUAUCACAGAAGUUGAUAAAGCUUAUCAGAAGGCUAGAUCCCAGAGUUCAUCAGCAGAUGCACAGUGUGGCAGUGAUCCUUCAGGUUCAGGCCACAGUGGUUAUACAGUACAACAGGAGAAAGAGCCAGCAGGUACAGCCACUGCCUCCUCCUCAGCAAGUGGUUCUGUCAUUUCCCAGCCAUCUGGUACCAGUCAGCCUAACGGCCAUCCAGCCAAACUGAAGCCUAGAAGUCAGCUUAAGAAACUCUCUGAAGAAGUUGAAGAGGACUCUGACUCUCUCACAGAAGCUGAACUAGAAAAUGAAAAAAAGAAAAGUUCGGGUGACCAUUCUGCAGAACAUCUUGGAUUUAUCCUUCCCUCCAUGUCCAGUGGUCAGAGUAUCUCCAGUGGUGACCUACACACACCUAGCCAGCCUGGCAGUAGUGGACAGUCAAGUGACCAGCUAGCAGCUCAAGGCGGGGCUGAAAUUCAAGGAAAUGACCAAAUGCCAGGGUCAUUUGAUCGAUUGCAGCUGGCACAGUCUCUGCACAAGUCUGGAAGGACAUUUUCCUUACCAGAAAGCAUUGAGGUAUCAAUGCAUGUGCCUCAAGUUGCCACAGUUCUCCACAAAUUUACUGGAAAUGGAGAUGAAACAAGUGUUGCCAUGGACCUUGCCAGGAUCUCCCUUCACAUGGUUAAAGUAGAAAAAGAGAACAAACAGUACAAGAGCCUUGUAUCGGCACUAUCUGCUGAAAACAGUGACUUGAAAAAUAGGAUACCUGAAAGGGAUAGGACCAUAAACGAAUUGAGGCAAGAGAAUGGUAAACUGAAGCAGACAGUUAUCAAACUUCAGCAAGAACGGCAUGCACGGUCUACAAGUUCACUGGCAUCUGAUGAUUGGGUUACGGUUACCAAGCAAGGAGAAUCUGAAGAGGAACAAGCUCAAAGGCAGUCUCAUACAGAGGUGCAAGCAUUGGAGCGAAGACUUGCAAAAAUUGUCAGCCAGAGAAAUGAGUUGCUUGAAGUAAAUCACAAAUGGUCAGCAGACUAUGGAAAACUACAGCAAGAAUACCAACAAGAGGUGCUGCAGCUAGGACAACAGUUGAAUGAAGCCCAACAACAACUGGCUGCACAUGUCAGCAUGGAGGGCAAGAGGCAGAGAGACAUUGAUUCUUUACUUUUGUCUGCAAAAAAGAGAACAGAAAUUGAGGAGACUGCAAAGGAGGAAGCGUUGCAGUUAUUGCACUUAGAAAGACAGAAGAGACAAACUCUUGAAGAACAACUGCUUGUCAUUGGUAGUGGUGUUCAGCAAACUGGGAGAGAGAGUAAACCUUGGGAUGGACUCACAAGGAGGAACAAGAUUCAAACUGGGCCUGCCAGCAGCUCUGAUGUUGAGUCUAUGAGAAAUGAAAUCACAGCACUUCUACAGCAGGUUGCCAUGUUCAGGGAAGACUUUGAGCAAGAGAGACGAGACAGAGAAAGGAUUCAAGCCGAGAAAAUUUCUUUAGAAGAAGCAAGUGAUCGCUUGAAAGAGCAAUUGACAAAUAGAGAUCAGAAGGUUGAAGACUUGAAAGAGGAAGUUACUUUGAAAAGAGAUCAGGUCCGUUUACUGGAGCGCCAGAUUCGUGACAUGCAGAAUAUCCAACAGUCUGGGCCCUUGAUGGCUGGUGGACGCAGUAGCAGCACAGGGUCAGCAGCAUCACAGAAUAAGUGGCCUUGUCAGAGCUGCACGUAUCUCAAUGCCUCCUCACGCACUGUGUGUGAAGUUUGUGGCUCCACUAGAAGCUAUCACGGUUCAGGUUACAGAAGCAGCAGUUGCAGUCAAAUCCCAGCAUCAAUUCCUCAGCGUCGUCUACAGCCACGAGGAGAGGAUGUGAUGGAUGAGGUAUUUGAAGAUAGUUCUCCAUUCAUUGAGGAAUAACCUGGAUUGAAGGUGGAUUUCUUCAGAGUGAAGAUAAUUCCUUGUAUAUGCGAUGUACCUCAUAUAGACUAGCUGUGUCUUUUCAACUAGAAUUGUGUAUAGGACCAUCACAAAUAUUGAAAUCAUUAAUGUUACAUUUAUGUUACCCAUUGUAUUUAUUUAGGAAUACUUUUUAAACUGUGAAUAUUACAAUAAGGCUCUUUUUUUUAAGGAAACCUUUGAAAAUCUGCUAGCUUUAAAUUUGUAAAAUGGUUUUUGAUAUAAACAAUCUGUUGGAAAAUUCAAGGAUCAUAUUAACAUUUUCUUAUCAAAGAUGCACUCACAAUUUCAGUGAUAAAGGUAUGUCUUCUUAUUUUAGGAAGACGGACAUAUAUAGUAAUCUUUCAAACCUUGCUUUGAGGAAGUUAAGAAAACUAUACUUAAAAGAAAUGGAAAUUUGUAAUAUGAAUUUGUUGUAAUGUAAAGUUUUCACAGAAGGAUUUUGAAACAAUCUUAAUGAAGUUCAUUAGUCUAAAAGAAUUCAUAGAACAUAUGUUUGCUGUCCAGUUGAUUAGUCCAACUUUUAAUGACAUGGUACAAACAAAGUGGCAGGUGAGUACAUGUGCCAACUUUUUAUUCAAGUUAUAACAUGAGUGAAAUUGCCUUCAAAAAGAUUUGUCAUAGAGUUGCGAUUAAAUUGUAUGGGAUAUAAUUAGGUGAAAACAAAGUUUAAUUCAAUUGGCACACUAAGUUAUUUUAAGUUUCACUUUUUAAAUAAGCACACAUUUUGGUUUAUCUUUGGUACUCAACAUUAUGAAGAUGUAAUAAAACUAUCCAUUUA